AUGGGCAACGUCAUGGAGGGGAAAUCGGUGGAGGAGCUGAGCAGCACCGAGUGCCACCAGUGGUACAAGAAGUUCAUGACUGAAUGCCCCUCGGGCCAGCUCACCCUCUACGAGUUCCGCCAGUUCUUCGGCCUUAAGAACCUGAGCCCGUCAGCCAGCCAGUACGUGGAGCAGAUGUUUGAGACUUUUGACUUCAACAAGGCUCUGGAUCUCUCGGCUUGCCGCCCCCUCGGGCCACUUCCCCGGCACUGCUGUGUCCCAGGCCCUUGCAGGCGUGAACGGCCCCCUCCCAUGGCCCCCUUUCUCUCUACCCCAGGGGAGCUCUCCCUGGAAGAGUUCAUCGAGGGCGUGCAGAAGGACCAGAUGCUCCUGGACACGCUGACGCGAAGCCUGGACCUCACCCGCAUCGUGCGCAGGCUCCAGAACGGCCAGCAGGGGGAGGAGGGGGCGGACGUCGGGGCCGCCGAGGCCGCCGGCUGA